AUGGAACCCCUACGAAGGUCACAAUCGUCCCGGUCCAUGAGAAGAAGCCAUCACAGUUCCCAAUCCAAUGAACCUUUCGACCCAGAACUCGCUAGAUUCCAGGCUACAACAGCUGCAUCUCGAGCGAUGCUGCGUUCCAAGUGCUCUUAUGAUGUCCUCGGUGGUCCAAGUCAAAUGGCUGUACCACAGAGGCAACAUCGCCCUAUAGGUGCUGCACUCAAUUUUACAAAUACUUCCGCAGAGAAUGAAGAUCUUCGUCGGUCUGUGCUCGACAAGGCGAGCGAUCUAUCUCCUCCAGCUGGUCUACCGUCUAUCAGGGAGUUUGGAGGACUCGAUGCCGGGAUCGCUACUUUGCCUUCUUCAUAUCGGCGACUCCGCAAGACCCGAUCGAUGUUCACGAAUUGGCAGCGCUCCUCCCAUGUAUCUCGUGGCAUGACCUCACCUGGAUAUCUAAGCAAUAAUUUCCCGGCAAAGAGAGAAUCUCAACAUACUUCACGCGCUCCUGGCACGCUGAGACGCUCCAUGUCAUUCUUCCGAGGGGAUACUCGAGAUUCUGAUGCUCUCCAAUAUGCUAAGGACCAAGAGGCGGCGAUUGAAGUGGCACGUAAUCAAAACCAGCAGCCGGAACACUAUCAGACUGAACUCCGGAAAUCUUCACUAAUAGUUCCCAAGUCAAGGCGAGAGCACAAACCCUUCAAGAAAACACUCCGUUCGGGGGUGUCAGACGCAGAGCUAGCAAGCGUGUCGCCGGCAACGCAGCGGUCCACUAACGUUAUAUCCUACGGCAAGGCUAGAUCACUGUCGUCGUCCCUCAAGAAAGGAAUCAAGAAGGUGUUUGGGCUCUCCAGACCAUCCUCGGCCCGUGUGUCUCUGGGGAAAUCUCCCUCAAAUGACCAACAACGGACACCAGGGUCGCACUCGUCAAUAUCCGAAAAGCACUCGGAUCUCUUGAAGUCUGGCAUCGAGGAAAGCGUCCUUUUCCCCUCACCAGGUACCGAGGGAACUGUGAUAUAUACAGGAGUCAAGAAGUCUGGAAGCUCUGAGAGCCUUGCCACAAGUCGCUCUCGCGUAACAAGCUGGGCGGACUCGACGAUAGCAAACACUGUAGUAACACAUAGAGCAGACGACCACAGCACUUUGUCUGUCAUAGACGAACUAGAAAGCUCAGUCCUCAAGCCGGACUCAUCCGAAGAUGCUUCACUGGCCACUCGUCGCACUCCAAAGCCUAACUGUACGAUAGACAGUCAGCGCUUGUAUUCUGCGCUGAUGAGGCGCAUCGAUGGGAACAAGACGGAGAAUGCAAGCGAGGAAAUCGUCCUUGGCCACGUCAAGGAACAUCGCGCAAUUCCGACACCUGUGUCCUCAAUGUACACUCGCCGUAGUAAGAAGACGAUUCGUUUGAUCGCCAGCGAUGAGUCACUUCAGAGCCCCGGUUCCUAUACGACAGCUGAUGCGGGCACAGUCACGCCCUGCGAAACAAUUCCGUGUCAGGCUCAGCGCACCCAUGGCCAAAAGCGUCUGCAGGACAACCAUUAUGAUAUUUCCAAACUGGCAUCGUCCAAACACACUAUCAAGGAGGCUUCUAGAGACGAGACUGGAAACGUGGCUAUGGGAAGGUCUCAGGGCCCCGAGGAAAGCGAGGAUUCCCCAAGUAUAUAUUCUCGCUCAACAGGUGGAAACUCGCCAAGCACAGAGGACCCAAAACCGGGUGAGUAUGACCCUGAACUGGCGAAUGAACCAGGUGUGGCUACCAUAUACGCAAGUCAGCGGGCGAUCUAUAGCUCGCCAAAGCGUAAUCCUGGCCAGGGUCCCGAUGCGAUGCAACGACCGAGUGGGGAUUGGCAGCAAUGGAUGCACACGCAAAUGGAGCGAAUUGAAUGCCUCACACCUACCAGGCGUCACUAUCGAGAAGAUGCCCAAAUCCAAGACGAAACAGCGGAUUUCGCUUACCGAACCCCAUCUCGAGACAGACGAGGCUUUUGGAGUGGAUCACCGGACGAAGACCUGUGGACGACCUGCAAAGUGACAGCCAGAAAUAACUUCUCGCGUCCAUUCAGUCGGUCAUCGAGUAUACGCACCACAAUCAUUGCCCCGAAGGAGCAACCAGAUACUCUGGUUCCACCUCCGCCGCCGGCGGACUUGACCCCCAAGGUAUCAAGCAGCUCCAGCGGGCAUAGCUUGUUUAUAAAUCGGGUCGAGACACGGCCUGAUGGUAUGGCCUUGUCACCAGUACCUGCGCUAUUAAAUUAUCGAUAUCGAGCCCCUGAGUCCCCGACCCCAAGAAGAGAUGCAACGGACAAAGCCCGGUGGAGAACAGGGGGUAGAGGCUACAGUAGACAGCCUUCCAGAUUGGAUUUGAAGGCCUCCCAAUUCAGGACUUCACGUGCACCUUAUGAGAAUAGAAGAUUGACUGACGAGAAUGUCCGUGUCGAGAGUGGGUAUCACGAGGUCACCAGCCAGGACAGUCAACUGCAAAACAUGUACUCCCCCAUUUCGAGUAAACGCAUGGUGGAUAUGUUUCUGGAAAGUCGCCGACGACGAGUGGCCACCGAAAUAUCCGACGCAGCACCAUCCGAGGGUGCGUUUAUUUAA